AUGAUAUUUUUUCUCCUUGCUUCUGCUAUAGCAGAUUUUCAGGCUGUCCUUUCACCUUUCGGACAGCCUUUGAACAGUGCUGCUGUCUUUAUUGCUGUGUUGUUGCUAUUCUUGCUGAUCCUACUGCUGUACUUUUAUUAUUAUGCCACUCAGGCUGUGGUGCUUUAUCGGGAAGCGUUCACCAAAUCCCAAGCCAAGCUAAACCGGUGUGAGGCUGAUCUGAAGAAGCUUAGUAAGGAGAGAGACACCCUCAAAUGCCUCUAUGUGAAGAAAGAAGAGGAGAUCAGGGAUCUCCGAGCAGACUUGGCCCAGGAUCGUAAGGAAGAGGCCGAGCUAGAUGAGCAGUUACAGCAAAAGCUGGAAAGGAUCGAGCUGCUCCGAGGGGAAGUCGAUCAGAUCAAAGCCGACUGUGAUCGGUGGAAGGAGAACAUGGACCGCCUUGCUGCGGAGAAAGAGGCUACCUUGGCCAAAUUGUCAUCGGCCGAGGUCGAACUUUGGGGCGUCAAAGAGAAAAGCUCAGCCCAGGCCAAAAGGAUCGAGGAGCUUGAAGCCGAGCUUGCCGAAGCUAAGGCAGAGGUCGAGAAGACAAAGAUCACGGCUGAGAAGUCCAUAGCCGUGUACCUGGCCGAUGCCGAGGCUGCUCAAACGCAGCUAAGGGAGGCCUCUAAUCGAGAGCGACGGAGCAAUGACCUGGCGAAGUGCCAAUCCCGGAGGGAGACCCUCGAGGAAAUCCAUGCUCGAGGUUAUGACCUCUCUAAAGAGAUAGCUCAAGCUAAGGCGCUUGAAGCUGAUGCCAGGUUGCUUAUCUCCUCCGAUGAUGGCGAUGACGAUGAAGGUAGUCAAGGCGGGUCGGAUAACGACGAGGGGCCCGAAGGAGAAGCUGCCCCCGAGGGAGAAACCAGCCCCGGACAUAGUUAG